UUGAAGGGCGGGUACACGUGAUGCUAGGCCCCUUCUCUCCAACUAGUGCGUUCCAAAUUCGGACAGACAGUAGGUGAUACACUCCUGCAGCAUAACUGGAUUUAACAGUGUGGGGCUCUGUCCUCGAAUGAAGGGGAAGAUAAUAUCGAUUUUCUUUUUCAAUUGGUUUAAUCUUCGCGGUUUGGACAGUAGAAGCCUAAUGAAGCGAAUGAAAGCCAACGUUUUUAUUUAGAACUGUCUACGUAGCAGAACCUGGUUUACAAGGCUACUUAUACUGACUUACUUUAGUUUAAGAUGUCUUCGUCUGCAACUACAACUAUUCGACCUACACUGACAGCGGAUCAGAUAACGUUCAUCGUGGCCUCGGUGUCCUGCCUGGCGUUCUUCGUAGUGAUUCUCCUGCUCCUGGUGGUCCUGUACAGGAAAUACCUUCUCUGCCGCAGUGUGUGGAGCUACCAGGCCACCCAACACUAUACAGACGCUCCACCCCAGUACAACAUCAGACAGUCUUUGGUAGGGUAUCCCUAUGAUGAACAGACUGUUGCCAUGACCCACGGAAAUGUGGGGUCCCAGCUUCCAGGAAGGCUGUUUAUCAUCGGUAAGCCGAGCAGCUACCACCUGGGUGGGCCCCUGCCCCGCCUGCCAUCCUAUGAGAGCGUCCGUAAGAAGGACCGCCAGAGACAGAUCCACUCCAUGAUAGCCGACCGCUUUGGUCUCAGCCCCACACAGUUUGAAACGGCGCCUCCUCCGACGUACGAGGAGACUGUUCGCCAGUCCAUGGUCAUUUCCUCUGAAGACCUACAGUCUGUGGAGACAUUUCCCUCAGACCUCCCUCUCUCCCCCUCUAGCCUUGAACACACAGUGACAAUAGAGGCAGCCCCCUCACCUUACUGGCCUAUUUAGAAGCCCAUUCGGGAAUCCCGCUCUGUCUAGAUCAGGGGCUCCUUGAGGACCGGAGCAUGACUGGUUUUCAACUUAGCAUUUUAACCAGACUCACUUUCACACCAUUGGCAAGAGGAAAGAAGAAACAUCAACAAAGAAAGAGACAUUGUCAUGAUAAUGCCUGACUCAGUUUCACCCUGUCUGUGAUCCUGAGACCACUCUCGGCUCUGACUGUCAUCAGUUGGUGUAGCGAGUGGUUUUAACAUGACUGUACACUGUAAAUGGCUUGAUAUCCUGCCACUGGCAAUGAUAUCAUUUAUAAGUUACAUAAGGGGUGUCAAACAUGCGACCUGCUGGUUGGAUCCGGCCCGUAAGUCCAUUCAAUCCAGCCCACUGGUUGUUUGAGUAAAAAUAAAUAUCUGGGGAAAAACUUUCAAUUCACAUUGAAAUGACUAAAACAAAAUCUAAACUGUGUAGAAAUUAUAAUGGACAUACUUUUAUAGUCUCUUCACUCUGUCCAGCUUGUGAAAGCUUGACAGUCAGGGAGCAUCAAAAAUGCAAAAAGUUAUUGAUAGAGGACUAUUUUUUGCACAUUAUGAUGGUGAGGAAAUUUUAAAUGCGCCACACUGGACCUCGGUGAAGACCGAAUGCAGCCCCUGGUGCAAAAUGAGUUUUACACCCCUGAGAUAAUCAAAUAAGCCUACAUUUCAAACUCUAGAGAUGCUCCAGUGUGUGGAAAGAUGACAUCCGCACCUCAGCAGCAGACAUCUGAUGCUUCAUCACAACGUUCAAAGUCGUAGACAACCACAAAACAAUGACAUUGUCUCGGGUUGAACGUGUUAAUGAAAAAUCUAAAUCCCCUUGUUACAAAAGAACACUGAGCUAUGAAUACUUAGCUACCUAACAUGUACUGAUAUCUUUGAGUGUAGGGCCAGACCAGAGAGCUGUUGUGGUUGAAUGCAUCACAAAUUAUUAACACUACUGAGACAAUGUAUGUGUACCAAAUGGCACCCUAAUUGUCAAAAGUAGUGCACUACAUAGGGAAUAGUGUGCCAUUUGGGAUGCAGUAUGUGUUCACUCAGGGACGGUUAAACAGGUCAAACUAACUAUGCAGAAAAACUCACCAUGACCCUGACGUUUUAGCUUCUGGGCUAAACUGGAAUGGGGUUUCUCAAUGCGUUUUUAGACUGAGAUACGUAACUAUGCAAAACAUUCAUAUUAUGUCCGACCCAAAUCAAAAAAAUAAGUAAAAGUGAACUACGCACUUAAAAUACCUAUGCACUUAAAUGAAAUAGCUGAACUAUGCACUUAAAUAAAAAAUAUUUGUAUUAACUUGAGCUAUAUCAAUCUGACGAGGAUUAAUAUAAACCUUAGUGUCAAGAUAUCAAAAGAGAAUAAACUCCUGUUCAUCUGUUUUUCUCUACCAGGUACAAAUAUGUCCAUAACCUAGAUAGUGAGUCAAUCAGUGGAGGGAGUAGCGACCUCAUUUUGACCUCUCCCUCUUUGCAGAGUUAUUCCCCCCCUCCAACUCUCAUGUACUGCACAUUAUCCUCCCUUAUCAACUCUCAUAACACAUACUAUAUUUUUGCACAUGAUGUAUCUCAACUACAGCACUCAUCAGUUAUUAGAGAGGGCCUCCAUCAUACAUGUUUUGACAAGCUGUCGUUUCAUGGUGAAGGCACCAAGGGUAUUCUGAAUGUACUCCACACUCCCCUGCAUACCACUAUGAGAGGAGUUUUAAUACCAUUCAUGCUAUCUGUAACUCAUACAAAAACAAAAACACACAAAAAACAUGGCACCUUACUUAAACUCCGAUUAAAGAAUGAUCUGUAAAAUGUUUGGGGAAUAUUACACAGAUCCUGCCAUGGGUGUCUAUUUGGAGUUUCUUGUUUUUCUCUAAAAUGUGUCAAUCCUGGUGAUUGUGAAUGGGUUUACACAAAAUUCCCCAGAUACAAAUUUGAGUUAAUGGUUACAGGUCAACACCCAACGUCUCUUGAACCGGUGUUAUCAACACAAAAUUAUGUGAAAGAGGUAGUUGGCUUUAAGAGACCACAUGGGGCUGAGAGUAAAUUAUUAAGGAGAGUUCUUUAGAGUACAGUCUGAUGCUAAUAACUGUGAUAUAUUACUUCCCUCUGCUUUGUAGUAUUUUUUUUGUUUCACAUUAUCCCUCUAUGGCCUGUUUAGAGAAAUCAGAGGGGAAACUUCUGAUGUGUUAAGCCUUGAAACACCCUGUGGUUAGUUCAGGAACUAUAGACCACACACACAUUUGAUAAAGGGGUGGUUUCAUGUUUUCCUUAUACAGAGUUUUUUCCCCAGAUACAAAACUAUUUCCAAAACUGAAAUACUUUUGGAUACACAUGAAAUUGUUCCAUUGACUAAGCUU